AUGGGUGCCCAGAUCUCCACAGUAGUUGAACGCCGCAAAACACUGUCAAUAGAAGAGAAAGCUUUGCGUGAUCUUGAGGAAAGCAGUGGUACUGGGUUUCCGGGGGGUGACUACCAUCCUUCUGAUCGGAAAAAUUGGAUGUCAGUCCUCGACCCAGGGAAAAUUCAAGUAAAUAAGAUAGUGUGGCCAGGGACUCAUGAUUCUGCAACCAACAAGAUUGGAAUUCCACUCAUUACUCGGCCAUUCGCGCAAUGCCAAUCUCUGUCUAUCUACCAACAGGUUGUCAGAGGCACCCGUGUGGUUGAUAUCCGAGUUCAGGAGGAUCGAAGGGUCUGCCAUGGAAUCCUUACCACAUAUAGUGUUGAUGUUGUCAUCGAUGACAUCAAAAAGUUUCUUUCUGAAACUUAG